AGAUUUCUUAGCUUUUCUCUAUGGGAGAUCUAACCAUUCUUUCGGAAAGGAGAAAUCACGUCGAUACUUAAAUUGCCUACCAUUUGGGGGCAGGAAUCUGCGACUGGGCAUGGUCUUCUCCUUCAUCUCCGCAAAUGCAAGAGAUUGGGGACGAUUCCAGCAAAGGCAUGAGGACCUCUGUUAUUCCUUUAGGGGGCGAAAUAGGUGUUCCCAUGUUCCUUUUAAAGAAACGUGGAACCAAAAUACAUACUCCGUAUAUCUAAAAUUCAACAAGGUGGGAAUCAAUAAAGAUGAGAGCUUCUCUUCGCUCAACACUGCACAAGAGAAGCGGCUUUGGACCCUACGAUUACCCCAAAUGUUCCCAUCUACGCCGGAAUCACACCGACCUGCUCCGAUCGUUUCCAUGUUGUGGCGUUUCUAUGGUACGUAUGUUAUCAUUCCAUAUGGUCAUAUUGGCUAACAAUGGCUGAAGGGUUUGAUGAUCAGAUAACGGCUUUUGGCAGUUGGAGUUGUUGACUGCAAGAGGUUUAGAUAUAGAGAAUGAAGUGUGAUGCUGAUUAUUAUAUAGGUUAUAGCGAUUUUGCACUACUACUUCGAGAUAAGCUUUCUAAAGACCACUUUUGAAAAUACUUUCAUUCUCUUGAGCCAGAAAUGUUUUCUGCGUAUUUCAUUAGCAGUUUGUUUUAUUAUUACAGUCCAUAGAGGAAAACAAAUGAUUCAAUGAGAUUUCAGUUACUCCCUAUUUGUUAAUGUGUAUAGUGUAUAGAGAGAUCCUAUUAAAAUCUCUUGAGCCCUUUUAUAUAUAUUACUCCGUAGAUUUUUCCUUCCAUAUUGUUUAGUUGUUAAAACUAAUUUUAACUUAUAAACACAGUUUACAACUAGAGUUGGGAACAUAACAAAUAGGAAAAGGCCAACAUUCCAGACAUAGAAUAAUGUCAAUUUUCAAAAAAUGCAUAUAAUGAUUCAACUAAAGUGACAUCUUAUUUUAACCUUUUUAAGGAUUCAAUCAAAUCUUAGGGGAUUAGGAUUUAGGAGUAUUAGUAAUUAAUAUAAUAGCUUGCUCUGUUUUUAUAACUUUCUCUAUAUGCAGAUCCUUUGUCCUCAUGACAUGGCUGCAUGGUUUCAUUUUUGGUGUGUGUUUCUAGCUACAUGAGUAUUUAUUUCCAAAGGAUUAAGCUUCCAUAUUAGACUUUAACAUUACUAUUUUCUAUGGCGAUGGUGAAUCCACACGAGCACAACCAUGGUCGUUUUAACUCCCAGGAAACCAAAAUUCUUAUAAAAAUAGAAGUACAGGAUACAGUUAAAGAUCACUUAGUCGAACUAUGUCUAAAUGUUCUAAUGGUCGGAAGAAGAAAGAUAAAAGCUGAAAAUAAGCCAACUUAUUUCUAUAUAAAGGAAUUGAAGUAAGGUUCUUGAAAAUGUAUUUAAUGAAGCAUUAUGAAUAUAUUCACUUUUGGAACCUGGGAAUUCUUUCUGGUUUCUCCAAGUCCAUUUGAAUUAUCUUGAUAUCCACCCGAGAUUAGCAUUUUGUAUUUAUGGCCAUUUUGGUCGUGAAUUCAUCAAAAAUGAUUUCUCUAAGCUUUAUUGAUAUAUGCGUAAGUUGAAGUGUGUUCUUUGAAUAUGGUCAAAACUAACAAUCCAUUAGCUAUUAUCUAGGUAAUUAGAUUCUCUCUACAUGUUUUGUAAUUAGAUGGUUAAACUUUGGUUUUCUGUUCAGGUCCUCUUUUCUUCUGUUCAGAUUGGAUCGUUCCGGCUAAAGGGCCGAUUUUUAAAUUAACGAGUUCUAGAUUAUAUGGAUUAUGGAUGAUGUUCAAGGAGUUCAUUAACACCAGUAGGUUUGAUUACUUCAAAGAGAGAGAAAACAACACAUGUGGGUCUAUUUUGGAAUUGGAAGCCCAACCCCCAACUUUAACUUUGUUGAAGAAACUAGAUUGGAUCAAGAAGGAGCUUCUGAAACGGUUUGGGGCAAUAAUAUAAUGCUACUGUAAUAUGCUUCCAGGCUUGGGGCGGAAAUGGAAAGGGCACCGCAUCUGGUGUCUAUGGUACCUUAAGAACUAAACACUAGCAAAUUAUUUAUGAAUUUCAUUUGGAAGAGGUAUAUUCCUCCUACAUUUUCUUUCGUUGUUUGGCUUUGCUUCAAAUGUAGGUUGUCCACCGCGAAUACAUUAUGGUUCUUAGAUGUUGAUAAGAUCUACUUCUGUCACAUUGAUAUAGAAUCCUCUGAGCACCUAUUUUUCUCUUGCCCCGAUAUGGGUUGUGU